AUGUAUCAAAGAGACCAAAACAACUCACUCUUCCUGGGUGGUGAACGUACCACCGGUCAAGAUGUCCGUUCCAGCAACGUCCUUGCUGCUGCUUCCAUUGCCAACAUUGUCAAGAGUUCUUUGGGCCCUGUUGGUUUGGAUAAGAUGCUUGUCGAUGAAAUUGGUGAUGUUACUAUCACCAACGAUGGCGCUACUAUCCUUCAAUUACUCGAAGUAGAGCACCCCGCUGGUAAAGUGUUGGUCGAGCUGGCCCAACAACAAGAUCGUGAGGUGGGUGAUGGUACUACUUCUGUAGUCAUCAUUGCUGCCGAACUCUUGAAGCGUGCCAACGAACUCGUCAAGAACAAGAUUCACCCCACCACCAUCAUCACCGGUUACCGUUUGGCUUCCAAGGAAGCUUGUCGUUUCAUUGCCAAUGAAAUGUCCAUCAAAGUCGACACACUCGGUAAAGAAUGUCUCAUCAACUCUGCAAAGACUUCCAUGAGCUCCAAGAUCAUUGGAUCUGACUCCAAGUUCUUUGCCAACCUCGCCGUCGAAGCUAUUUUAGCUGUUAAAUCCACCAACACUCGUGGUGAAACCAAGUACCCCGUCAAGGCUGUCAACAUUCUCAAGGCACACGGUAAAUCUGGUCUCGAAUCUCAGUUUGUUCGUGGUUACGCCUUGAACUGCACUGUCGCCUCUCAAGCCAUGAAGAAACAAAUCAAGAACGCCAAAAUUGCUUGCUUGGAUAUGAAUUUACAAAAGGCCCGUAUGCACCUUGGCGUCAAUAUCGUGGUUGAUGAUCCCGACAAGUUGGAAGACAUUCGUAAGAGAGAAAUUGAAAUCACAACCGAACGUAUUCAAAAGAUCUUGGAUACUGGUGCCAACGUCAUUUUAACAACAAAGGGUAUCGAUGAUUUGUGUCUCAAGCUUUUCGUUGAAGCUGGUGCUAUGGCUGUUCGUCGUUGUAAGAAGGAGGAUUUGAAGCGUAUUGCCAAGGCAACUGGCGCUACUUUGGUGUCUUCCUUGGCCAACUUGGAAGGCGAAGAGACCUUUGAAGCUAGCUCUCUCGGUCAAGCUGAAGAAGUGAUCCAAGAGCGUAUUUCCGACGAUGAAUGUAUAUUGGUAAAGGGUACAAAGAUUCAAAACUCUGCUUCCGUCAUUCUGCGUGGUGCCAACGACUACAUGUUGGAUGAAAUGGAGAGAUCUCUUCAUGAUUCCCUCUGUGUUGUAAAGAGAACAUUAGAAAGCAACAGUGUUGUUCCCGGCGGUGGUGCUGUUGAAUCUGCCUUGAGUAUAUACCUUGAAAAUUUCGCCACUAGCUUGGGAUCUCGUGAACAACUUGCUAUCGCUGAAUUUGCUAAUGCCUUGCUUGUGAUCCCCAAAACACUCGCUGUCAAUGCUGCCAAGGACUCUACUGAAUUAGUCGCUAAGCUUCGUGCCUAUCACAAUACUGCCCUUAAUGCCGAUGCUGAUGAUCGCAAGCGUGCUCUCAAGUGGUAUGGUCUCGAAUUGAUUGACGGUGCUGUGCGUGACAAUGUAAAGGCUGGUAUUUUGGAACCCACCAUGUCCAAGAUCAAAUCGCUAAAGAGUGCCACUGAAGCUGCUAUUGCCAUCUUGAGAAUUGAUGAUUUCAUCAAGGUUGCACCUGAACAAAGAGGCAACCCUGAAGACGAUGGUCAUGGUCAUUAA